AUGGUCAGCUCACACGGCCAGCCCCCGAUAGGCGAGGGCGGGUUGGGGGAGUACCGGGAGGAGGGCGCAGGGUCCUGGGAGCGGGGGCGGGCUGGUCUCUGCGCCCAGCCCCGAGGGGACCGCCACGUGACCCUGCUGCCAUCUUCCUUCCUGGCGGACACUCCGGGCGACGGCAUCUCCGCCCCACUGCGCAGGCGCUGCCGAGGGCGCAGGCGCAGGGGCUGGCGAGGCGGGCUGCUGGCGCGCCCGGACGCCCUCUUUCCAGGUGGGGGUCGUGGGGUGUUCCGGGGGUCCCGGGAUCAGGAAGGGCGCGUUCUGGGGACCCCUGGUCUCGGCUUCCCCGGAUCCAGCCGCGACAUGGCCACCGCUCUCCUAAGGAAAGUGGUUUCCGCCGUGGGCUCCCUGCUGCACCUGGGUGGCCUCCCGCUCUCCUCGCUCGCGCCGUGCCCCCCGCGCGCCUGCCGUCAGGUCGGUGCGCCCUUCAGCCCGGCGGCCGCGCUCCUCUCCGCGCGCCCGGCCCUCGGCAUGCAGCAGCCAGCCCUGGGCUUCAAGACCAGGGGCGUCCUCAGGAAGCGCUGCAAGGGCUGCUACCUGGUCAAAAGGCGCGGGCGUUGGUUCGUCUACUGCAAGAGCAACCCAAAGCACAAGCAGAGACAGAUGUAG